CAGCAUCACUGCAAUCUACCGUCCGCGUGAUGACGCAAAAACCCCGCGCCAUCAUGGAUGCGCACGCCGGAUGGUCAAAGGGAUGCGUGCCCGCCUAUACAGAAUCGGUAACAAAAAACUACAGAUUUCAAAUUAGGUUGGACACCAUACGACCGUAGCCAUCCGUAUCACAUCUUCACGGAACUGAACAGCUAUGGAUGAAUUACUUAUUUUAAUUGUUUCCAAAGGAACUCUCUGACGAGAAGAAAUGUCUGGGUAAAGUUCAGAUACACUCGGUUAUAUAUAUGAUUGUCUUUGCCUGCGCAAUAAUUAGACUUUGAGAAGAGACUGAAACAAUCAUUCACCUGGACAAACCUGAGAGUUCAAUUCAAGCUUAUUUUACACCUGUGACCUGAUACUGGUCCGAUUUUGGAUGAGGAGAGUAUAUGCCAAAUUGAUAUAAAUAAAAUAAUUCGUAUGGUUGAAUUAAAAUCAAACGAAUGAUGACAAUUAAAACACUAUUGAAACUGUAGGUAAAUUCAACCGUGGAACUGUUUCAAACCGAAUUCAUCAUGCGAAUAUUUUAAAGACAAGGUAGGAGUUAAGGAAUACUGUGUCGGCUACUAGGUUUAUAAUAAGGUUUUUGUCGGGAUGAUGCGACUGCUAAACUACCUCUUGCUUGGCUACCUGACCUGGAAUCUACGGAUAUCAGACGCACAAGGGGAGUACUGCCAUGGGUGGCUGGACAGUAAUGGAAAUUACCACGAAGGCUUUCAGUGUCCGGAGGACUUUGACACCAUGGACGCGACCGUGUGCUGCGGGUCUUGCUCCCUGCGGUACUGUUGCGCGGCUGUGGACGCACGGCUGGACCAGGGAAGCUGUACCAACGACCGAGAACUGAAUAACACGGAGUUUGCAGCGCAGCCGAUCUACGUGCCCUUCCUGAUGGUGGGCUCCAUCUUUGUGGCCUUUGUGGUGGUGGGCUCCCUGGUUGCCGUCUACUGCUGCACCUGCCUGCGGCCCAAACAGCCUACCCAGCAGGCUCUCCGCUUCUCACUGCGCAACUGCCAGGGCGAGACCAUCCCCAUGAUCCUGACCACUGCGCCAGCCAGCCUGCGCACCCCCUCGCGCCAGUCCAGCACGGCCACCAGUUCCAGCUCAGCUGGCGGGAGCAGCUCGGUGCGCCGCUUCUCCCUUGGAGGUCAGGGGCAGCAGCACGGGUGCUUGGUGUCAGCGUCUGCACCAAGCACCCGUGUCUUCACCUCUCCCUCCACACCCCAGCCGCUACUCCCACCACCCCCUCCACCCCCCUACACCUCCCCUGCAGCCUGCAUGCCAGGCGGACGCCAGCACCCUCACUCCCAUGCCCAGCUGCAGCUGCACCAGCCCAUGCACCCACACCAACAGCCUCACCUGGCCCAGGGCACGGGCUUCCUGCUGCCCCAGCAGUACUUCUUCCCCCUACAGCCGGAGCCCUUCUCCGGGGCUAAGGGCUUUGCAGACUUUGGACAGAGCUGACGGGGCUUCCUUGGCAAUGAGGAGGUGGAUUACAGGAGCACACUGUGGGACACACUGUGGGACGUGAGUAGGGUCAUGUUCAUUAAGCACAAAACAGAAGAAAAACAGACUAAGACAACAGGAAGGGACUACCUGAACCUGCCCAGUAUGAGUUUGUUUUAAAUCAGUGAACUGUACUGAACAUGACCCUGGUGUGUUUUGUGGACAGACACACAGUCAUCGGCUACCGGGAGGACUGCCCUGACAUGCACUGCAGUAGGCCUGUUGAAUGGGGACUGGGAGACAGGAGGCUGUGUUCAAGAUAAACCACAAGAAAGAUUCCUAGUCGAGCAGAGUACAUGAGAGUAUUGUCUCUCUAAAUUACAGGAAUGGACUUCUGCUUAGGACAGACAGGACUGUUUAUUGGUCAAUAUUGUUUUCAAUGUUAUGCACUUUUUUAUAUAUACAUUUCUAUUGUAAACAAUAUUCUGUCUUCCCUUUCUCUUUUAUACACAAUUUGGUUAAAUGGUGAUGUUAAAUUGUCACAACUUUUGUGGCAGCAACAUUAUUAAGAAGUGUUCUAGACAUUUUGUUGCGAGCUGCAGGACAUUUAAUCAAAUUAUCAUUUUGACAAUUGCAAAUCCCUAAAAGAGGGGAAGGACUGACACCAAGUUGUGCAGUAGGGUGAACAAAGCCAAAUGAUGUACUGUGUGUACAGUGCUCACUGGCUGGUUUGUUUUUAUUUAAUGAUAUUAGUCAACACCAGUAUCUAAUUAGUAUUCUAAUGACUAAUUCUAUGAUUGUGAGUACUCGUCAUGCAACGCUACAACUAGAAGUACAUUUAAAAAAUAUAAAACACUCAAUAGUUGGUCAGUAUUUUCGAAAAUUAAACCUACUCUUUAAUAAUCCAAGAUUGAAUGGUUGAGAAUUGCUUAAUUGCUCACUUACGGAUACAUUUUGUACUAACUGUUGAAUAUGGCAACUGUUUUCUUUAUGCUGUUACUCACAAUCCUGAGUUUGUGUUUCACCUUUUAGCCUGCAUAUUUGGUUUAUUAAUGUACUACUUAUUAUACUGAAGAGAGGGGAUGCAAAGAUAUUCACAAACAUGGAUGACACAUUGAACCUUAAAUACAGAGACUCUACAAGCCAAAAUGUUGUCUUUACAGACAGCGGAGUCCCCCUUUUUCUCCAGCCUCAGACAUAUAGGCAACUGAAACGGUUCAUAAAGGCUACCUGUCAAUCAAUCUUCACAUGAGGAAUGUGGCAACGAGAUCAGUCAUUGUCAAUGCUCAAUGAGACUGUCAUGGCCACAGUGUUCAAAACAACUGGUCCCAGAAAUAGGGAAGAGUUUUGGGUUGGAUGAGCAGGUAUGGCAAGAAUCCAAAGACUUCUCUGUACCCUAGUCAUUUAAGUGUGAAAUAAACUUGGCAAUCACUGACCUAUUACGGCAGAUUAGAUACAAUAGAUCAUAUAGUGGAUCAUGUUUGGCGCUAGACGGAGUCUUCCGAACAAAGGAAAAAUUACAGCAAUUCCCAGAGAUGACUGCCACGACAAUCUUUGGCUAUUGCUGUCCUUUUGUCUUUUUUGGAAGGCUCAAAAUCUACAAUGUUUACCCAGACAAGCAUCCUGUUCCAAUAGAAACCUUUGGUAGCACAUGUAUACUACUCCUUGGAGCUCUUUGUGCUAAAGUUGCGCAGAUGUCAACACAAUUGAUUUUCUAUACAUUUGGUUAUGCUUGGACACUUCUGGUUUUUAAAAACACAUGAAAAGGUCAUCGUCUUUCAGAUACUGUCUUCUAGAUGGUCCUGUGUAAUACUGCUCUAAAUCUAUUUAGAACGCAAAGAAAAUACCUCACAGAUUGAAUUGUUUUUUUAAAGUUAUAUUGACAGUAAUCCAAGGACUCUUGUAUGAAUACUCUAGCAAGGGUAGACCUAGUCAGGAAAAUAUGUAUUUCAUGAACUAACGACUAAAGAGAAACCAUCUAGGUUGGUUUUGUGACAUUGCGUCAAUAACAGAGACAAAUGAUUGUAAUUAUAACGAAAAGGAUAUUCGACCACACGGCCCCACAGUAAACCUCAGAUCACCAGUCACCAGGGAGUACAACGUGACCAUAAUGACGACAUUUCUUUGUUUGUCACGCAUGGAAGGGAACUAUGUUUUCCGUCUCCCCUGCCUUUUCCUGUUUAGGUUCUCAUUGGUCUGCAGGUCCUGUUUGCUACCACACACACAGGCAUAUGAUUCGAUGGGGAAAACAGCUAGCUGCCUCCCCUCAUUUUGGACGUUUACAAAGUCCGAAAUGAGGGAUGGCACCUUAUUCCCUACAAAGUGCCCUACUUCCGACCAUAGUAGUACACUGUAUACAGGGUGCCGUUUGAGAUGCAGCAUAGAUAUUGUGAUCGUGGAAUAUUACAUUUCUAUGACGGUAGGUCAGAGAGGAUGACAAAGGUUGGUUUCCUUGUUUGUGAAGAUUAUUUUAGUAGAAGUCCUUCAUGGCAAGGGAAAGGGAAAGGAGGGAGACCUAAUCAGUUGUCCAACUGUAUUUCAGUAUUCAACUGAAAUGUGUCUUCUGCAUUUAACCCCAACCUUAAUCGAUAUCCAAGACAUAACACGUACGUUUGCAGUCCCAACAUGCAGAACAAUCAUUAAAUGAAAGACGUAAAAAUAAACAACAAUCAAACAAAUUGAAAAGUGCAUUUUUUUCCUGUAGUGACCAACACUUGAGGGAGAAUCAAAGUAGCACAAUAAACCAAAGAAAGUUUUCUUUUUUACAUUUAUGCAGCCCACAACUAUCACAGACAACCGUUUUGGAAAAAGCAACAGUCCAAGCUUUCCACGACAAAUUUCACAUCAGAAGAACCACAUUCAGCAUUUUGGAAUUAUGACAGCAGUUCAUAACUAAUCAAUCGAAGCACGAAAGUAUAGCAUAACAAAUACAUUUUUACUGAUACCCUCACUAAAACCAUGAAAAACCACAAAAAACAGUUAUUGUAAAGAAGAGGUACAAUGCACCAGAUAAACAAAAAGUUACAAACAUGUACACCCAGAGAAAUUACAAUAACCAGAUAAUACCAAAAUAUCCACUAUUGGAAAGGUAACAUUGUGCAUUGUUCAACAUCUCCUGUCAAGCGAGAGACUUAGCGUCAGGGCCCAGGACCACCGCGGCUGAGGUCUGGCCACACAGAGAGCCAUGCAGCUGUACACCAUCAUUAUACCUGGAGUCGUGUAGACAGACAAGAGGAGCAAGAAGCACCAUACACACACACGGACAACUAUGUAUUGCACUCUCAGUCAUUCAGUCAGUCACCCACCCAUACAGAUCCUCAAACACACACUCAAAUAAUGCAAAGUAAGACCUGAGGUUCCAAGGGCUCCCAGUCUCACAUUAAGGACACAGACAUAUGCGUACGUAUGAAGUUAUCCAGAGUAGAAGAUGCACAUGCAGACGACAGAUCACACACACACACGACAGAUCACACACACACACACGCAGACGACAGAUCACACACACACACACACACACACACACACAGAUCACACACACACACACACACACACACACACACACACACACACACACACACACACACACACACACACACACACACACACACACACACACACACGAAGACGACAGAUCACACACACGCACAAGCACACAGGAAACUGAUCUCCCAUAGGGAGAAGAGAACAAACAUACAGUCAAAUAACAAAUAAACCAAGCAGUUAUUAGAACAAUAUUAAUAACAACAAGACAUUUAAGAAAGAUAUUUCUCAUCAUUCUAUUACUCUAGCAUUCUUUUGUUUGUAAAAAAAAAAGAGACAAAAAUUCAUUACAAAGCCGGUCAAUGCAAAAUUCAUACUUCUCCAAUAUAAAAAUACAAAUUCACAUAAUAACUAGAGACAAAGUAGUUUUGAUACUGUGUGGAGUUUUCUUGCAAAUGUUCUCUCUCUCUUAAGCUAAUGGCACUUAUGUUGGAAGGACAAGCUCUCCAUUCCGAGGGAAUAUAAGAUUGUGAAAGAAAAGUUGCCACAUACGGAAAUUCAACAGGAUCGUCAUUCAGCCA